UCGAUAUAUGCUGCAGCUAGUGUCUUGAGUUCUUCACUAGAUGACAAUACGCCAUGGUACAGUAGAGUAAAAAAUAUGACAAGUAACAUGUUUUAUUAUAUGUGCAUUCAGUAUACCAUUCUUCGAUUUUUAUUCCCUACUAUCAGUCGGACACACGAGUUAAAUUAAAAAUAGUGUCGAUGAUUGUGCACUCAAAUACUGAUUAUAAUUACGUCCACACUGGGGCGUUAAGUGUUCAUCUGCCGGCCGUCAACUACAACAUUUUUGUAAGUAUUUUUCGCGUUUUUCUUACUAUGAUGACUUAAACAACUUUCCCUUUCUUAAAAAUAUGAUCAUCAGUCAUAAGAAACUGUUCAAUAAAGAUGUUUCAUUUAUAAUUCAUGUUUUUUUUCAUCAUAAUUUGCAAGAUGAUAUAACAAUCCCAUAAUUCCAUAGCACGUGGGUGACGCACGUUAACUACGAAUAUAUCAAAAUGAAAUGUUACUAUGUUUAGCUGAUUUAUGCAUAGAGAUAUAAUCACUAAAAUUUUCAUACUUAAGUCAACAUUGUGGUUAAUUGCAUUACUAAAAAUGAAGAAAGGGACACUCAAUUAUUUUACAAAGAAAAAGUUGUGCUUAUUAAACAUGCUCUACUUGUAGAUUUUAUGUAUGGUUACUGCAUUGCUUUCGUAUUGAUUCUGUCCAUAAAAAAUCAAAUUACGUCACAUACUGGAAAACGAAUUAGCCUCAUAUUAGACAUUAAAUAUAAUUGGUGAUGUGGUUAGAUAAAGUCACAACUAUUUUAAUUCAGAUAUGUUACUUUUGUCAGUCACGCUACAAUUAUCGAAUAAAUAAUUAUUUUUCCUAAUUUUUAUUUAAUUUUUAUAAAGAAUGUUUUCUGCGUUAAUUUUUUCAUUUUAACAAAAAUUUCUUAAAACAGAAUGUACAUGUGAGCAAUAUAAAGUCGAAUAAUAACUGUUACAUAAUCUAAUCAUGACGUCAUGUAAAUAUUAAAAGAAAAUCUGUUUUGUUUAUGAUUGCAAAUAGGAUCUUUUAUAUUUUCGCGCCAAGUAAUACAGCGACUUCAAACGGCAACAAAUUGCAAAGCUUUAAUACCAAUUUCGCCGGUAGAUGGCUAUGAUGAUUUGCUGCGUUCUCGCAAGUGCUUAAUUUCGUAUUUAGUUUCUAUAUAAGAGCAGGACACUACUUGUACUUUCGGAUAGUCUGAAGCUUCCCAGGUAAAAAUCAGCGCAUUAUGCGGCCAUUUUACAGACCACAUCAUGUGUCCGGUACUUUUACGUACAGCCUUACGACCGUGUCGUCAUCGAAAAUUGUUUGUUUACUUUGUAAAACUAACUGUGGAAGUAACGCUGGACUAUCUUUUUGCAAUUUUUAUUUCAAUGAUUGUUUUCAUUGAAUAACAAUAACAUCAUCUGAAGUUCACCUUAUCUAUAUUAUCUACCUAUUUGCAAUUUUAUCUUAUAUAUUGAUAAUUGAAUUAUUAUUAAUAAGCCAAACUAAGUAAGUGUUAAUUGCGCUGCAAAAUAAAACACUUAACGCGUGCUUGUAUCCUUGAUUCUUGAAUCAAAUGUUGAGCCAAUCGAAUCAUUUUUUUAUCUCGAUACAUAAAAUUGAACGUUCUUGGUAUAAAAGUUAAAACGAUAUAUAUGCAUGAUAUAUAUAGCAACCUGGUUGAGUUUCAGUAGCGAAGUUGAAAAGCGCGGGAAUUUAUGAAAAUCCUAUUGAUAACGGAUAAUUUGUAAUGUUCGCGGGCGCUGCGCGAAUUUCAAGGCGACGGCUGGGUUCGAACGAUUGACAGUUAAUUUUAGACUGUAGUCGUUGCCAGUGAUGGCAACCACGACAAACGGACGACAAAAGCCUCCUUCUCUCAAAAGAGAUACGAGGAAGAACACGAUUUGUGACUUGGGAUGAUAUGUAAUCGGUUUUAGUUGGACGCUCGUGCAACGAAUCAUUCGACUUUGACCGUCAUCACGGGCACAACUGGUCGUCGUUGCGGUCCUGUUGCGUAAAAAAUUGGCGCGCGUUUUGUUUUUGGUACUGCUGAAUUAUUAAUCGGCCGAUCAUGGAGGAAGAAGCUGUGGAAGGGAUUUCAAUGAAAAAUGAGGAUCCAAAUGCGAUUGAAAAAUUGGAAGAGGACGAGGAUGGGACAUUCGACGAUUCCAGCUUCCCGGAGUUGGAACGCACGCAAACUGGUCGCAAGACGAGUAUCUUCAAAUAUUACUCGUUCAAAGAGAAAGGUGUUCAAUGCAAAGCAUGUAGCUGAAGUGGCAUCUCAUCAAAUCGACGUGGAACAAAUAAGUCCGCAGGAAGGAUGGGUGGAACAGGAUCCAAAGGAGAUCCUUUUUGCAGUAAAAGCGUGUAUUAAAGAUGUUAUUCGGAAAUUAGAUGUGUUUGGGUUAAAGGUGGAGGAUAUAGUAACGAUCGGUAUUACAAAUCAAAGAGAAACUACAUUAGCAUGGGACGCAACGACCGGUGAACCGUUACAUAAUGCGAUAGUGUGGUCCGAUAUAAGAACGAAUUCCAUCGUCGAUCAGAUAAUAGCCAAGUUUCCGGAUCAAAGUAAAAAUCAUAUUAAACCAUUAUGUGGUUUACCAGUGAGCCCGUAUUUUUCCGCGCUAAAAAUUCGUUGGAUGAAGGAUAACGUGCCCACUAUUAGGAAAGCAAUGCGGGACAGGCGAUGCAAAGUGGGCACAAUGGAUACCUGGGUCGUUUGGAACUUAACGGGUGGCAAAGACGGUGGAUUGUAUAUUACUGACGUAACGAAUGCAUCAAGGACUAUGUUAAUGAACAUAGAGACUCUUUCAUGGGAUCCCACGUUAUGCAGAUAUUUCGACAUUCCUAUGCAAAUAUUGCCAGAGAUUAAGAGCAGUUCUGAAAUUUAUGGAAAUAUUGCAUUUGGUCCAUUGAAGGGCAUCACUAUAUCUGGUAUUUUAGGAAAUCAGCAAUCAGCAUUAGUCGGACAAAAUUGUUUAAAGAAAGGACAAGCAAAAAACACCUAUAGAAGUGGAUGCUUUUUGCUAUGUAAUACGGGAACAACACGUGUGUAUUCUUCUCAUGGAUUAGUUACAACGGUGGCAUAUCAGUUGGGUCCAAAAAGUCCAGCGGUUUAUGCACUGGAAGGUUCAAUUGCGGUAGCAGGUGCUGCUAUUAAAUGGUUACGAGAUAAUAUGAAACUUAUUAAGAAUGUUCAUGAAAGCGAACAUUUGGCUCAAAGUGUUUUUAGUACCGGCGAUGUAUAUUUUGUGCCAGCUUUUACAGGACUGUACGCUCCAUAUUGGAGAAAAGAUGCGAGAGGAAUUAUUUGUGGUCUUACUGCAUUUACAACGAAACAGCAUAUAAUAAGAGCAUCAUUGGAAGCUGUUUGUUUCCAAACUAGAGAUAUUUUGGAAGCUAUGUAUAAAGAUUGUGGUUUUCCAUUGACCAAGUUAAACACAGAUGGAAAAAUGUCAACAAAUAAUCUUCUUAUGCAACUGCAAGCAGAUCUUUGCGUCAGAUCAACAAUGCCAGAUAUCACGGCGUUAGGUGCUGCAAUGGCUGCAGGUCAUGCAGAAGGUAUAGGUGUUUGGGAAUUAGAAGGUGAAGAUAUAGAAACAGUACUUAGUGAUACAUUUUUACCAACAACAACGCCAGAAGAUGAAAGAUAUUACGUACUGGCAUCCAUCCCUGCAAGUUGGUUUUUAAUGACAAGCUUCAUUUUACUACGAUUAAGCUACUAUUUGAAAAAUCGGUGACGACAUUUAUAUUAUUAUAACAAAGGAUCAUUUAGAUAACAGAUAGCCUAUAUUGUAUUGCAAAUGCAAAUAGGAAUGUGGCCGUCAAGCCUUAAUUCAAGUAGAUCAUUAGGCCAUCAGUAAUUAAAACACAAAAAAAAAUAGUUCAAGAAACUGCUUCGAUUCAAUAGAACAACUAAUAUUUCGAACUUUGCAAAAAAAAAUCUAUAUAGUUCGUUAAAACGCUCAAAGCAAAAAACUUUCAAGCCAUUAACAUUAAAGGAUAAUAUUUCAAGGAAAAAAGUAUUAGAAACAAUGCACGUGCAUGCAAUGAUUUAAAAAAUUUCACUUAUUCGUUAUUUUUUAGUAACUGUUGAUGCAAGAUAACGUGGUAUUUCGCGAAGCAUUACUGCCAAGGGAAUGGACAAAGAAUUAAGUAUAGUUUUGUAUAAUUUUAUAGAAUUGUAAACGUUUAUAAUAUUUUAAGGAUUUACAAUUAAUUAAAUUUUUAUAAUUUAAUCUAUUCUCGUCGCUUUAUUUUGUACGUUUAAUCUAUCUGUUAUAUUGAAAAAAAUUGUCUAUGUAUAAUGUUAAAGCUAUUGUAUUAUAAAAUCAACUAUUGGAAAUACACGUUCGUCUUGUUUUA